GCUCAUAAGACUUAGUACCACUCUGCUGUCAUCGUCAGGGUCUCUAUGAUGAAGGUGGCUUGCUUUGGUUUGUUAUUUCUAGUGGCAGCUGUCGGUGCACAGCAGACAAGAUUGGUGAGAACCUAUGCCAAUCCGUACCUGUUUCGUCUCCAAGGUGGAAGCUUCCCACAGAGGAGGAUGAUCCGUAAUUAUGAUGAUGACUUGUUGACAUCAGGUGUAACCAGGGUAUCCCCCGGGGGUCUCAGAAGGGUAGUAUCUCUUGGUGAUGAUGACAAUACGUUUUCUCCCCUGAGAAGAAGCGCACUUCUCGUUCGAAGAAGAUCCCCGGUGAGAAGACUGGGAGUAGGAAGACGUUCUCUCAUGACGUCACUGUACGAUGAUGACGAUAAUUACAGUUUUUUGAGACCUAGGAGACUAACAGGAUUCGGUACAACAAUAAGAAGAAUGGCUCCAAGAUUUGAUGAUGAUGAUCUGGGUGACAUCCUUGGACGCAGAAUGAGAGGUAGCACAAGAUACCUUGGUCCAGGAGUGGGACUUGGACGAAGAGUAAUUCCUCGAACCAUCGGAAACAGGAGAAGCAUAUUUUCGCCAAGGCGAGUUCUUAGUGACGACAAUGACGACUUCGAUGACCUGUUCAGAUUUAACAGGCGAGCCCCUCUAACCAUGGAUUCCAGGAGGCGCGUGCUUUCACCGUUGCGAGUUAGCAGCCUAGAUGACGAUUAUGAUGAUGUCCUAAGGCCAUUCUCUAGAAACAUGAGAGGUAGGGUUUCACCAAUGCGAAGAUUUGGUGACGAUGAUGACGAUUUCGAUUCCCUAAGAUUUAACCGGCCAUUCUCUAGAACCAUGGGAAAUAUGAGAAGCAUGGUCUCACCAAUGCGAGGUUUUAGUGACAAUUUCGAUGAUCUUGAUGACGGUUUCAAUCUAAAUUUGCCCUCUAGAACCAUGGGGGGUCGCAGAAACAUUUCGCCAAUGCGAAUUUUUAAUGACAAUAACGAUGAUCUCGAUGACCUUUGGAAUCCACUCAGGCGUUCUAUGUCCAUAGGAAGCUCGAGAAAUAUGGCUUCAUCCAUGCCACUUCGUAGUGACGACGAUAUGAAUAAUCUCUUUAGCUCUUUUGGUGGCUCUAGGACCUUCGGAAACAUGGGUUCCUCAUUGAGAUUUGAUAAUGACGAUGACGAUUGGCUGAAAUCAUUUUCAGGAACGACCAGUAGAAUGGGUACCUUAGGAAGCACAUCCGUCUCUAGUACCACAGGAAGCUCUCUAUUGGACAACGAUUUUGAUGACAAUUACAAUACUCUGGAACCAUUCAAAAUUUUUUAGAAAUGUAUACAAAUUUAAAAUAAAUGGAGGAAGUUGAGACAA